UCUUCUCUCUUCUUUUCUUAUAGGUUUGGAAGAACAUUGUUCUCAGACCCUGAGAAAUCUGGACUUUGUAACACUGUGUCUGCCAAAAGGACUAUAAGGAAUUGAUACUUCCUUGUAAUUGAUUGCUUCCUUGCAAUUAGUUUUUUGGUGUUUGUACCUCUUAUUUUUCUGUGGAUUUUGGAUCGAGAAACACCAUGAGCACAACUCAGCGAAAGCGCCGUGGAGGAGCAGUUAAUUCCCGUCAGGCUCGGAAACGAAACAGGCUGGCAGCUUCUACUGCAGAAAUGGCUUCAGAAGCAGAACCAAUAGAACUUGAAGAAAGUGCUGGUGAAGAAGUAGUAGAUCUCACAUGUGAAUCUUCUGACCCUGUAGUCGUUGAUCUAACUCACAAUGAUUCUGUUGUGAUUGUUGAAGAGAAUCAACAACAAAGGAGAAAUCUCAGACUAAUAGGCCAGCAACAGUUGGAUAUCUGUAUACUGAUUAGUGAUGAUGAAGACGAACCAAGAGAUAAUGAUAUAUGGAUGCCUGUUGCUUCUGUUUUUGUUCUUUCCACUGCAAGGCCGUCCGGUACCGUUAGCUGUCCGAUUUGCAUGGAUGGCUACUCGGAGAUUGUGCAAAGUGGACGACUGAUCGUGUCAACCAAAUGCGGCCACGUCUUCUGCAGCCAGUGCCUCCGUGAUUCCCUUAGGAAUGCCAACUCUUGCCCAACCUGCAGGAAGAAACUCACUCACAGACAGUAUCACCCCAUUUAUAUAUGAGUACUUCUGUUUCUCAGGACAGACUCAACUGGAUUUUUGUGGAAAAUGUCAUGUUUUCAGUGCUCUGAAGAUUUAAAGAGCAGCAGGUUGUGCACACAUCCAAAUAAAACUGAUUUUUUUCGGAGAAUAA